AUGCCUCAAGUAGGCACGGUAAAACAACAAGACUUUAAAACUUGUGACCAAAGUUCUUUUUGUCGUCGAAAUCGUGCUUAUGCGGAUCGAGCUUCUGCCGACCCUAACUUUGUCUCACCUUACAUGGUGAAAGAGGACUCGGUGUUACUUAAAGAUGGGUUGUUAUCUGGAGAACUUAUUAACUCGCAAAAUCAACACCUUUUUGUAUUUGAGCUUCACUUAUUAGAGAAUAGUAUAUCAAGACUACGCAUCAACGAAAAAUCACCAUUAAAACCGCGAUAUGAUGAAGUAAAAAACUUUGCAUUAGCACGUGAACUUCCAAACACUCUGAAUUAUACUGAGAGACCGAUCAAUACUAAAGAUCACGAUAGUCUCACGAAAACUAGCAUUUAUUUUGGCAAUAAAAAACAAAAUAUGGUGGUUGUUCACCACUCUCCUUUUCGUAUCGAAUUUUUAGUCAAUGAUUUACCGAUUGUCGCUUUUAAUGAUCGUGGAUUUUUUAAUUUUGAACAUUUGCGCAUUAAAAAACAAGCAAAAGAUAAUGGUGAUCAAACAUCAGACGAAUCUAGUUCGGAAGAUGCAGAAGAUGAAUACGGUUCUUGGGAAGAAAAUUUUAACGGCAAAAGGGAUAGUAAGCCUAAUGGUCCCGAAUCUAUUGCUCUUGACAUUUCAUUUCCUGGAUUUGGUCACGUCUAUGGUAUUCCUGAACAUGCAUCAUCUUUUUCGCUUAAAGAAACGCGAGGUGCAGAAGUAGGCUAUAGUGAUCCAUAUCGUCUAUACAAUCUUGAUGUGUUUGAAUAUGAAUUGGAUAAUCCAAUGGCACUUUAUGGAUCAAUUCCAUUUAUGAUGGCUCAUCGUAAGAGCGCUUCAGCUGCAAUACUCUGGUUGAAUUCAGCCGAAACAUGGAUUGAUAUUGUAAAAUCUAAAGAAGAUAAGCACGGAUUAUCAUCAUUGCUAUACUUUGGGAAAAAAUUACCGACUUCAACUCACACACAUUGGAUAUCAGAAUCCGGAAUAAUGGAUAUUUUUGUAUUUCUGGGUCCUACUCCCGCUGAUGUUUUCCGCCAGUAUGGGUCUGUCACUGGUUACACAGCGCUCCCUCAGUACUUUUCGAUAAGUUAUCAUCAAUGUCGAUGGAAUUAUAUAGAUCAACAAGAUAUCGAUGAAGUUGAUCUUGGCUUUGACACAAAUGAAAUUCCUGUAGAUGUGCUGUGGCUGGACAUUGAACAUACAGAUGGGAAAAAAUAUUUCACGUGGGAUCCCGCAAAAUUCCCAGAUCCGAAAAAAAUGCAGAACUCCCUUUCAGUAAAAGGUCGCAAGUUGGUGACUAUUAUAGAUCCCCAUUUAAAACGAGAUGAUGGUUAUUAUAUUUAUAAGGAAAGUAAAGAAUUGGGCAUACUUGUUAAAGAGUUGAAUGGUAAUGAUUUUGAAGGAUGGUGCUGGCCAGGAAGUUCAUCUUGGAUUGAUUACACAAAUCCAGCAGCUCGUGAAUGGUGGGGAUCACAAUUUAAAUUGGAUAAAUAUCAGGGUGCCACCGAAAAUUUAUUUGUUUGGAAUGAUAUGAAUGAGCCUUCUGUCUUUAGUGGACCAGAAAUUACAAUGCCAAAAGAUAUCAUUCACCACAAUGCUUGGGAACAUCGAAACGUGCACAAUGUUUUUGGACUACUGGUGCAUUCGGCCACAGCUCAAGGUCUUAGGAAUCGCACACCGAUAAGCAAACGUCCUUUUGUACUCUCUCGUGCAUUCUAUGUGGGCACACAACGAUAUGGUGCCAUAUGGACGGGCGAUAACAUGGCAAAAUGGAGUCAUCUCGCAGCAUCAUCACCAAUGCUGUUGUCUAUUGGAAUAUCUGGAAUAUCAUUUGCUGGAGCUGAUGUUGGUGGAUUUUUUGGGGAUCCGGAUAUUGAACUGUUAGUUCGUUGGUAUCAAACUGGCGCGUUUCAACCAUUUUUUCGUGCCCAUUCGCAUAUUGAUACCAAGAGGCGUGAGCCUUGGCUUUUUGGUGAGCCACAUACAACACGUAUACGAAAUGCAAUUCGUGAACGCUAUGCUCUCUUACCUUAUUGGUAUACUGUUUUUCAGGAGGCUAGUGAAACUGGAAUGCCUGUUAUUCGGCCAAUGUUUGUUGUAUUUCCCGAAGAUGAGGAGACAUUCGAAAUCGAAGAUCAAUAUUUCGUUGGCGAUUCUUUACUUGUGAAACCCAUUGUAACUGAAGGACAAACAUCCACGGAAAUAUACUUAUCGAAUAAUGAGAUUUAUUAUGACUAUUUCACGUUUGAUCCAGUACGUGGAUCUGGUAGAAUCAAAGUAGACGCUCCCAUUGAAAAAUUUCCCGUUUUAUUAAGAGGUGGCUCUAUAAUUCCUCGAAGGCAACGGAUACGACAGUCUUCUGCAUUGAUGCGAUUGGACCCACUAACACUUUUGGUUGGAAUCGAUCAAAAUGGUGAGGCUAAGGGGUCGUUAUAUAUGGAUGAUGGCGAAACAUAUAACUACCAAAACGGCGAUUAUAUACAUCGUAAUCUCACCUAUUCGUCUUAUAGCAAACUCAUCUCUACAUCAUUUCCUAUUAGCGGUGACAACACAAACUUUGUAAAAUCAAUAAAAGACGUUCGAGUGGAACGAGUUAUAAUAAUAGGAUUAAGUAAAAAACCAACAAAAAUACUUGCAUAUCAUAAUGAUGAAAACAACGAAGUAAACAAUAACCAAGGAUUGACAUUUACUUGGGGUCAGAAAGAUGUUCUUGGUACUGGCGUGACAUUCACAAAUACUAAUGAUCAAGUAUUGGUGAUUAAGGAUCCAAAAGUUUUAGUAUGGCGAGAUUGGACUAUUGAGAUUGUAUUUUGA